GUCUCUCAUGUGAUUGGCGGAAACGAGUCACCACCGAGUUUUAUUUACGGCCCGCCUCUCUCAUCGCCCCGUGGAGAGAGUCGAUUGCAGGACGCAGAUCGGUUCCCGUGGACGCAUCUGCUCCAUCGGAUUCUCCUUAAGAUCGCCACUGCACUUUACGCUCUCUCCUUUGCCCAUCUUCACCGCGGGGCAUCGUUUGGAUCUUGAUCUCGCGUUAGGGUUCCUGUAGGAUCUGCUGUUUCUCAUCACGAUGGGUGGGGGGAAGAUGGCCGCGCCGCUCCUCCUGCUGCUCAUCGCGUCCUCUCUUCUCCAGAUUUGGGCGUCGGAUCCGUUGUUCUACGAAUCAUUCGAUGAGCCGUUCGAGGGGCGAUGGAUCGUGGCCGAGAAGGAGGAUUACAAAGGUUUAUGGGAACACUCCAAGAGUGAUGGUCAUGAAGACUAUGGGCUUCUUGUGAGUGAGAAGGCUAGGAAGUAUGCAAUAGUUAAGGAACUCGAUGAACCUGUCAUCCUCAAGGAUGGAACUGUUGUUCUACAGUUUGAGGUUCGACUACAAAAUGGACUUGAAUGUGGAGGCGCAUAUCUGAAGUAUCUUCGUCCUCAGGGAGCCGGAUGGUCUCCCAAGGGAUUCGACAAUGAAUCUCCAUAUACUAUAAUGUUUGGACCAGAUAAGUGUGGGUCAACGAAUAAGGUGCAUUUCAUCCUUCAGCAUAAGAAUCCCAAAACUGGGAAGUUUGUGGAGCAUCAUUUGAAGUACCCUCCAUCUGUCCCAUCUGACAAACUCUCUCAUGUCUAUACUGCUAUUCUGAAACCUGAUAAUGAGCUGAGAAUUUUAGUUGAUGGAGAAGAAAAGAAGAAAACAAAUUUCUUCUCUGCUGAUGACUUAGAGCCAGCGCUUAUUCCACCCAAGACCAUACCUGAUCCUGAUGAUAAAAAGCCUGAGGACUGGGAUGAGAGGGCCAAAAUUCCAGACCCUGAUGCUGUAAAGCCAGAUGACUGGGAUGAAGAUGCACCAAUGGAGAUUGAAGACGAGGAAGCUGUCAAGCCGGAAGGAUGGUUGGAUGAUGAACCUGAGGAGGUUGACGAUCCUGAAGCCACAAAACCAGAAGAUUGGGAUGAAGACGAGGAUGGGGAAUGGGAGGCACCAAAAAUCGACAACCCAAAGUGUGAAUCAGCACCCGGCUGUGGAGAGUGGAAGAGGCCACUGAAGAGGAAUCCAGAAUACAAGGGAAAAUGGCAUGCUCCUUUAAUUGAUAACCCGAACUACAAGGGUAUCUGGAAGCCACAAGAGAUAGACAACCCCGAUUACUUUGAGCUUGACAAACCAGAUUUCGAGCCAAUUGCUGCUAUCGGUAUUGAGAUUUGGACAAUGCAGGAUGGCAUUCUUUUUGACAAUAUCUUGAUAACCGGUGAUGAGAAGGUUGCGGAGUCAUAUAGGUCGGAGACAUGGAAGCCUAAAUAUGAAGUUGAGAAAGAAAAGCAGAAGGCUGAAGAUGCUGCUGCUGAAUCUUCAGAUGGUCUGUCUGGUUUUCAGAAGAAAGUUUUUGAUGUUCUAUACAAGAUAGCAGACGUCCCUUUCUUGGAACCAUACAAGAUCAAAAUCAUCGAUGUCAUUGAAAAAGCAGAGAAACAACCAAACGUCACUAUUGGAAUCCUGGUGUCCGUAGCAGUAGUGGUUGCUACUGUUAUCUUCAGGGUUCUUUUUGGCAGAAAGAAGCCUCAGGCUCCAGUUGCAAUGACCGCCACCGAGACCAGGAAUUCUGGAGCUGCCGAGUCUGAAGCUCCAGGAAGCAACGACGAUGACGAGAAAGAAGAGAACGAUAAAGAUGAUGCUUCAGCCCCACGCGCCAGGCGGUCUAGGAGGGAGACAUAAGGCAGAUAGGUGUUCAAAUUCUAGUUAUUCAUUUUCAAUAUGAGCUUUUAAGCUUUCCAUUUGAGCAUGUAUGGAAGUUUUAUUACUGGCUCUUAGCAACUCAGACGAACGGGAUUUUUGCCUCCUAAUGUUUGGAUUGUACUUGCAUUUUGGAUCGUAGUUGGGAAAACAAAUAGAUCUUCGCGACUCAUGUUAGAUCUAUGGAAAAUUAGCUUGGUUUUGCUUGAUUAAACAGCUGUUCCAACCAUUUAUAUUUCACUUAA